CGUGUGUUGACCUCGUGGCACCCAUCUCCUCCCGUCUGCGUGUCUCGAUCUUCUCUCCAUCAUACCUCACAGCUAUCACAUUGACCUACACCCUUCGCACGAGCCUGAUAUCUACGCGACAUUCAUCACAGCAUACACCUACGGCAUCGAUAUCCGCGCACACGAGCGGCCAUCGGGCUCGACUACCUAUCACACAGAGCUCCUCUACAGCUGCAUUACCGCCCUCCGAUAAAAUGGAUCCCAACAAGACCUUCGUCUCCGUGCCAGGUCUCGGCAAUAAAGAGGAGCCCGGGCAUCUGAAUGAACACAGGCUGCCGUUCAUAGGAUUUCUGCCAAAUCGAGUUCGCAACCAUUUCAUCGCCAUGGUCGGCGAGUUUAUUGGCACCUUCCUGUUUUUGUUCUUCGCCUUCAGUGGGACACAAGUCGCCAAUGCCGCAGCAGCUGGAGCGAAUGCUGGCAGCGAGGAAUUGAGUCAAGUGCCCAAUGCUCCUGUGCUGAUGUACAUCGCUCUGGCUUUUGGUUUCAGCUUGGCUGUGAACGCAUGGGUAUUCUUUCGUAUCAGCGGAGGUCUAUUCAACCCAGCCGUCACCCUCGGCCUGGCAAUGAUCGGAGCGAUCAACUGGGUGCGAGCGCUUCUUACUUUCAUCGCUCAAAUACUGGGUGCUAUCGCUUCCGCAGCGGUCGUGUCGGUCCUCUUUCCUGGCCCGCUUGCCGUCUCGACGAACCUGAGCGCUGGCACUUCGCUUGCUCGCGGAUUGUUCAUUGAGAUGUUUCUCACCGCCGAGCUCGUCUUCACCAUCUUCAUGCUCGCUGCCGAGAAGCACAAGGCCACUUUCAUUGCUCCGGUCGGCAUUGGCCUCGCGCUUUUCAUCGCCGAGCUCUCCGGCGUCUUCUUCACUGGUGGUUCCCUCAAUCCGGCUCGCUCGUUCGGUCCUUGCGUCGUUCUCCGCUCCUUCCCCAGUGCUCACUGGAUUUACUGGCUGGGACCAGCUCUCGGUUCGCUCCUUGCAGUUGGAUUCUACCGCUUUGUCAAGGUCUUAGAGUAUGAGACUGCAAACCCGGGUCAGGACUUCAACGAGCACGAGGCAGAGCACUUCGAAUUCGAUGAGGACAAUGCAGCAACUGGCGCUGAUGUGGCUCGACCUGUUCCAACAGGUCUCAGUCCCAUCAACUCAGCUGCCAGCCGGGACUCUGCACAGCAAAUUCCAGGCUUUGGUGACCGCCUUCCGCAGACGCCUCCUAGCACUGGCGUCCCGAGCGCCCCCAAUGUCCCAGGGCCGGCCACAUCCCCAUCAGCCUCUGGUGCGCCGCUGACCCGUAGCGAAAAGAGCCAUGACGACGACACCGGCAAUAGAAAAGAGCAGCCCGAUACUCGAAGGAAGAGCGACAGUGAUACGUUCAGCACUGCGAAAACACCAUCGUUGAAUGAGAUUCCGCCGACACCCAGCAAGCUGCCCGGGGAGAUGGUCAUUGCGGGCAAGCCGUACGUGCCUUCAGUCAAAGGCGACGAAAAGCGAGACGCCAUGCCAGCGGCCAAGGAAGAAAGGCAUGAUGCUCCUCCGAGCAAGGACGACAAGCGCGACCCUGCACUUCCAAAGGAUGAGAAACAUGAUGCUUCAGCAAGCACAAACGAGAAGCAAUCUGCGGCACCGCUCAAGGCCGAGAGUCGUGACGCUGCACCACUCAAGGACGAAAAGCGUGAAGUUCCGCUGAGCAAAGCCAAGGAUGCAGGGAGCGUCGCACCGGCAGGUGCAAAUGGGAAGCCUACUCUUGCUGUCCCAUGAAUGAUUUGAGCGCUGUAUUAGUAUACUAAUGAUAGAUACGAACACAUGAUACCCCUACGAUUAUCUUGGACACCGGAAGCCUUC